AUGCAGGUGGUGUUGGUGGUGUUGGUGGUGUGGGUGCUGUUGGUGGUGUGGGUGGUGUUGGUGGUGUUGGUGGUGUUGGUGCUGUGGGUGGUGUUGGUGCUGUUGGUGCUGUUGGUGGUGUGGGUGGUGUUGGUGGUGUGGGUGGUGUUGGUGCUGUUGGUGGUGUUGGUGCUGUUGGUGGUGUGGGUGGUGUUGGUGGUGUGGGUGGUGUUGGUGGUGUUGGUGGUGUGGGUGGUGUUGGUGCUGUUGGUGGUGUGGGUGGUGUUGGUGGUGUGGGUGGUGUUGGUGGUGUUGGUGGUGUUGGUGGUGUGGGUGGUGGUGUUGAUGGUGUGGGUGGUGUUGGUGCUGUGGGUGGUGUUGGUGCUGUUGGUGCUGUUGGUGGUGUUGGUGGUGUUGAUGGUGUUGGUGGUGUGGGUGGUGUUGGUGCUGUGGGUGGUGUUGGUGGUGUUGGUGGUGUUGGUGGUGUGGGUGGUGUUGGUGGUGUUGGUGGUGAAGGUGGUGUCGGUGCUGUGGGUGGUGUUGGUGGUAUUGGUGGUGUGGGUGGUGUUGGUGGUGUUGGUGGUGUUGGUGGUGUUGGUGGUGUGGGUGGUGUGGGUGGUGUUGGUGGUGUGGGUGGUGUUGGUGGUGUGGGUGGUGUUGGUGGUGUUGGUGGUGUUGGUGGUGUGGAUGGUGGUGUUGAUGGUGUUGGUGGUGUGGGUGGUGUUGGUGCUGUGGGUGGUGUUGGUGCUGUUGGUGCUGUGGGUGGUGUUGGUGGUGUUGGUGGUGUUGAUGGUGUUGGUGGUGUGGGUGGUGUUGGUGCUGUGGGUGGUGUUGGUGGUGUUGGUGGUGUUGGUGGUGUGGGUGGUGUCGGUGGUGUUGGUGGUGUUGGUGGUGUUGGUGGUGUGGGUGGUGUUGGUGGUGUUGGUGGUGUGGGUGGUGUUGGUGGUAUUGGUGGUGUGGGUGGUGUUGGUGCUGUUGGUGGUGUUGGUGCUGUUGGUGGUGUUGGUGGUGUUGGUGCUGUUGGUGCUGUUGGUGGUGUGGGUGGUGGUGUUGGUGGUGUGGGUGGUGUUGGUGCUGUGGGUGGUGUUGGUGCUGAUGGUGCUGUGGGUGGUGUUGGUGGUGUGGGUGGUGUUGGUGCUGUGGGUGCUGUUGGUGCUGUUGCUGCUGUGGGUGGUGUUGGUGGUAUUGGUGGUGUGGGUGGUGUUGGUGGUGUUGGUGGUGUGGGUGGUGUUGGUGGUGUUGGUGGUGUUGGUGCUGUUGGUGCUGUUGGUGGUGUGGGUGGUGUUGGUGGUGUUGGUGGUGUUGGUGGUGUGGGUGGUGUUGGUGGUGUGGGUGGUGUUGGUGGUGUUGGUGGUGUGGGUGGUGUUGGUGCUGUUGGUGGUGUGGGUGGUGUGGGUGGUGUUGGUGGUGUUGGUGGUGUUGAUGGUGUUGGUGGUGUUGGUGGUGUUGGUGGUGUGGGUGUUGGGGUGGUGUGGGUGGUGUGGUGGGUGGUGUGUGGUGGUGUGGUGUGUGGUGGUGUGUGUGGUGUGGUGUGUGGUGGUGUUGGUGGUGUUGGUGGUGUGGUGGUGUGUGGUGUGUGUGGUGUGGUGUGUGGUGUGUGUGGUGUUGGUGGUGUUGAUGGUGUGGGUGGUGUUGGUGGUGUGGGUGGUGUUGGUGGUGUUGAUGGUGUUGGUGGUGUGGGUGGUGUUGAUGGUGGUGUUGGUGGUGUGGGUGGUGUGGGUGGUGUUGGUGGUGUUGUUGGUGUUGGUGGUGUUGAUGGUGUUGGUGGUGUUGGUGGUGUGGGUGGUGUGGGUGGUGUCGGUGGUGUUGGUGGUGUUGGUGGUGUUGGUGGUGGUGUUGGUGGUGUUGGUGGUGUGGGUGGUGUGGGUGGUGUUGGUGGUGUGGGUGGUGUGGGUGCUGUGGGUGGUGUUGGUGCUGUUGGUGGUGUUGGUGGUGUUGGUGGUGUUGAUGGUGUUGGUGGUGUGGGUGGUGUUGGUGCUGUGGGUGGUGUUGGUGGUGUUGGUGGUGUUGGUGGUGUUGGUGGUGUGGGUGGUGUUGGUGGUGUUGGUGGUGUUGGUGGUGAAGGUGGUGUCGGUGCUGUGGGUGGUGUUGGUGGUAUUGGUGGUGUGGGUGGUGUUGGUGGUGUUGGUGGUGUUGGUGCUGUUGGUGCUGUUGGUGGUGUUGAUGGUGUUGGUGGUGUGGGUGGUGUUGGUGCUGUGGGUGGUGUUGGUGCUGUGGGUGGUGUUGGUGGUGUUGAUGGUGUUGGUGGUGUGGGUGGUGUUGGUGCUGUGGGUGGUGUUGGUGGUGUUGGUGGUGUUGGUGGUGUGGGUGGUGUCGGUGGUGUUGGUGGUGUUGGUGGUGUUGGUGGUGUGGGUGGUGUUGGUGGUGUUGGUGGUGUGGGUGGUGUUGGUGGUAUUGGUGGUGUGGGUGGUGUUGGUGCUGUUGGUGAUGUUGGUGCUGUUGGUGGUGUUGGUGGUGUUGGUGCUGUUGGUGCUGUUGGUGGUGUGGGUGGUGGUGUUGGUGGUGUGGGUGGUGUUGGUGCUGUGGGUGGUGUUGGUGCUGAUGGUGGUGUGGGUGGUGUUGGUGUUGUUGGUGGUGUUGGUGGUGUUGAUGGUGUUGGUGGUGUGGGUGGUGGUGUUGGUGGUGUUGGUGGUGUUGGUGGUGUGGGUGGUGUGGGUGGUGUUGGUGGUGUAG